AUGGACAACUGGUUCGCUGCCAUUGAAGACAAUUCGGACGACUGGCCAACAGUUGACCGCAAUUUACAGCUCAUUACCGACGCGUUGAAAGAGGAGGAAUACCGGAUCCGUUUGAGUCUCGACGACAAUCAUUGGCUCAUUAUAUCACAUGUGUUGACACGGAUUGACCACCACUUGAUCCGCUCGCCAGACAAUUGCGAGGGUGAGCUGGUGUGCAAUGAGUUCUCUGUCCAGAGAUGUGAUGACAACGACUUGACUUAUAAACAGUCAUUAAUUCAGGCCAUCAAAUGUUGUCUUCAGUACAUCGCGAACCUCUUGAGUGGUUUGGAUGAGACAAUCGAUGAGUUGUCUUCCAUAAGACAUCAAAUCUGGAGUUUAUUAGCGUUUGAAUUGUUUCGAUAUUUAUUGGACUUCGAAGACGACAAGAGUGUGGUAUUGGUCUCGAGUAUGAUAUUCUACUCAUGUAUUCGUAAUAAUAGUGAUAUUGAAAACAAUUUGUUUGAAACCAACCGAACCGAAGACCUCGUGAAUAUGUUGACAAUCUUUGAGCUAAUGUUGGAUCAAAUCGAGAGCUCAUCGUCUGAAUGGUGUCUCUGGUCUUUGCAUAUAUUCCUCAAAUACAAGAACUUUUUUCAGUGCUUUUACAAUAGAUUUCAAAUGAAACAAAAGCUCAUUAUUCUGGACAUAAUCUAUGAGUUGAUAACUAAUCAAAAUGAUAUGAAAAGUACUGAAAAUGCGUUAAAUGACACAAAUGUUGACUAUUUGUGUCAACUCUUUAAACAAAGCAUUUCCGAAGUCUUCGCCAUUGAUUCCCAAACGGAUGACAAACAAACCGAAGAAAACAAAUACAAUGCCAUUCAUAUAACCAAACUGUUGUCCAUUUUGUGUGAAUUGACCACAAAUGAGCACUUGUUGUCUCGCUUUCAAAGCGAUAGGCAAUUGAUUGAGUGUUUGGUUAAUACACUGAAAACAAUACAAUUGUUGUCCAAAACAAAAGACUCGUCUCAUUUCAAAUCAAUGCCGCAAUUAAAACAAGUCGAUGAAAACGAUGGCGAGUCUCAGAACCCGGUGUUUGGUUUCAAGCGUGACUUAAUCCGAGUGAUUGGGAAUUUGGUCUACAAAUGUGCGCCAAUGCAGGACUGGGUCCGCGAAUUGGAUGGCAUUCCCGUAAUACUUGAUUGUUGUAAUAUAGACGCCAAGAAUCCAUAUAUAAUGCAAUGGUCUAUAUUUGCCAUCAGAAAUAUUGUUGAAAACAAUCACUCAAAUCAAGAAAUCAUUUCCCAAUUGUCACGAAAUGGUGUCUUAAUCGACGACCAGUUGAACCAAAAACUCGCCUGUAUUGAGAGGGAGGGCCAGAGAGGGGGCGCCACUCGUGCGGAGACAACACAAUGCUAUGGCAAUAGUGUUGUUGUUGUCAAGUCAUCGCCGGUCAGAGUCGCCGCCUAUCUGUCCGCCAAUUCGUCGGCCAAUAAAGUGUGGAUCAAAGCGACCGCCGAAGAGUCCACUCACCGCUCAUUGGCUCAAAAUAAUGGCUCAAUUGGUGCCAAAACGGACACCGAGAAGACUAUCCACAGAAUCAGAGCUGAUCUCAAUGGUGAUAACGAAGUGGACGUCGAAACCAAUGAUCUCACCCCCGAUGACGACCGACAUUACAAGAGGCCUGUCGUUAGGUUUGGCGGCUUUGACAGCAAGACUAUGAAGAUUGUGAUCACUGUUUGCGGGAAUGAAACGCUUAAACAAAGUCUGAUUACAUUGAAAUCGGCGGCAAUUCUGACCAAAAGUAGACUUCAUUUCAUUGUUAUGUCCGACGAAUAUAACCGGAAAAUAAUGGGGCGAUCGAUAUUGAAUGAGUGGCCAAAAGAGAUCUUAAGCCGAAUAUCAUUUGAGAUCCAUUUGGUGUCGUUUCCCAACACUGUUAAUGUCGAGGAAUGGAGAAAACUAUUUAAAUUAUGCGCCGCUCAGCGACUUUUCCUUCCGACAAUACUAAAAGAUAUUGAUUCGGUUCUCUAUGUGGACACCGAUGUCCUGUUCCUGACACCAGUGGACCAAAUGUGGAGUAUCUUUGAACGAAUGAAUUCCACACAAAUGGCCGCAAUGUCUCCCGAGAGUGAGGACUUUGCCAGCAGUUGGUACUAUAGGUUUGCGAAACACCCGUACGUCGAGCGGUUGGGCGUCAACUCCGGCGUUAUGCUCAUGAACUUAACCCGAAUGCGAGACUUUCAUUGGACCGACUAUUUGGAGCCCUAUUUGGCUCAAUACAGACUGAAUAUCGUUUGGGGCGAUCAGGACAUCAUUAACAUUAUCUUUCAUUACAACACCGACAAAUUAUAUAUAUUUGGCUGCGACUGGAACUACAGACCCGAUCACUGCAUAUAUACACGCGUUUGCAAAGCGGCCGAAAAGGAUGGCAUUCGUAUAUUACACGGCAAUAGAGGAGUCUUUUUAAACGAGAAACAGCCGGCCUUUAGGGCCGUAUAUCAGGCUUUUCACGACUAUAAGUUCGGCACUGAUUUGUCCCUUAUUUUAGACCAAAUGAAGACCUCAUUGGGAAAGACUUCGGGAACUAAUUGCGGAAAAGCCGGCAAUAGUUUCAUUUUAGCUUUCGAAGCGUAUCUUAAAAAUAAUUAGCGGUCAAUGUUUUGGCCAUUUGUUCGCACAAAAUAAGAGAUUAUGUAAAUAUUUUUAUAUUAAUUUAUUGUGAUUUACAAACAUAUACUCAAUUUU